AUGUACAUCAAUCCAUAUUGGAUCACACAUCAGCUGAUGAUAGCGUUCUCGAGAAAGGUACAGAAGUGCUGUAUAGAAACAAAGAUAUACCAGUUGAUGAAUAAUCUGUGUAAUGGAAUGAAAAGCCCCAAUAUACCAACUCACGAGCUUAAACUGAGGGCUGGGUGCGUAAUGAUGGUCAUUCGUAACAUGAAUCCUCCUAAGACCUGUAACGGGACUAGAUUGAUCGUCACGAACCUAAGGAAGAAUAUUAUUGUGGGGAAUACGUUAGGAGGCGUAUGUGACGGUAAGCAAGUGAUCAUAUCAAGAGUCACACUUAUAUCUACAGAUACACCAGGCUCUUGGACCACCUCCUCUUGGGCGUCCUUCUAG